AUGGAUCAGGAAGCUAAGAUGCAGCUGCGAUUGAUCAGUCUAUCGGGUGAGAGGUUCGUCCGGCUCACAAUCGAUGAAGUGGACUAUCUUUACUUGUAUCGUCCAAAUCCUCAAAUGCCUUUUGCGGAGCAAGUGGCCGAUAUGCAAAGGCCACUUGGUCUAUCCAAUUCUCCACCAGAUUGUGGGCAGAGUCAUGCCAUGUGCGAUAAGCCGCAUCAGCAGGCGGCGAUGACCGAUAUUCUAGACACCAACGAGCCGCUUCACAUCUCAGAUUCGGAAGCGUUUCUGCACUGGCUUUUUCUUUUUUCCAUCUUGCGUGGAAGCGACGGAGUUAUCCUCGGUGCUAGCAAGGUCCCACAGAUUGUGCGGAACGCAAGUGAUGUGGUCAAGGGCCCGUUGCCAGUGGAAGUAGUGCACGAGCUUGGCGCGCUAUGA